UACUUCCGGUUGAAUUACAGCUUUGCAAAGUUGACGAAAGUUGUCUUUCGUCAGAUAUAAUGGUCGAAUUUGCCAUUUACCAGACAUUAGUUCUGCUUUGAAUAAUGCAUUUUAUUGAAAUCUAAAUUGUCUUAAAAAACUGUUAUUUGAUAUUGGUGUCUUUGUAAUCCAAUUUUCUGAGAAGUUUAAUGUAGACGUGUCACUUACUGAUUUUGACAUUUGUUCCCGCCAUAUAUAACAAUGUUCCUCAAGCUGAUAUUGUUUCUUGUAUACAUUGUUAUACUAUUUCUUCUGACACGUAUUCUUGAAACUUUAACAUGGAUUGAAGUGGGUAAUCUGUCCCGUAGACUACUUGAUCCAAUGACUAUGUCUGUGAUGAAACUAAAGGCCUUGCUAGACCAAAGAGGGAUCAGUUAUGAAGGGGCAAUAGAGAAACAAGAGCUUGCAGAACUAGUUGAAUCAUCAGGUGCCAUUGCAGAAGACACAAAGACAACUAAGGAAGAAGAAAUCUCUACAGUUGCUGUAACAAAUUUUACAACCGGAAGUCUGUUUGAUGAACAUGUAGAGGAUGCUAAGGAUAGCAUUUGGUUGGUUUAUAUCAUACCAGAUCAAAGCCAUGUCAACUACUUAGCAGAUACUAGCUGGAAUAUCAUCAAACAAAAAAUGUCUUCAUUUGGUGUUAAUAUAGGAGUUUUUGAUUGUAGUUUAGACCCCAUGUACUGUGCAAGAAGAGAUUGGUAUUACACUUGUCUUAUACUCGGUCUCCCAGAGGAAUUCCAGACAAAAUCUAAAGUUACUUUGUUUAAAUAUACAGGUCCAUUUAAAGUUAACAACAUCCAUUCAUGGAUUAAAGAAAGUAUCAGUAAGAAAGUGCACACAGUGAACAGCUUGAACUCAUACUCCAACAAUUGGAUGCAGUACAUAACUCCUAGAGAUCCAUCAGAAGUAAGGGUGGUCAUGUUUUCCAAAUAUCCAUCCAUUCCUCUCUUUUAUUCUUCAGUCAGUGUAAAGUUUCCAGGUCGUGUCAAAUUUGGUUUUGUUGAUACCAGAAGUAAAAGUGGAAAAGAUAUUCUGUAUAAUAUUCAGUCAGUAAAACCACCAACUUACUUAAUUAUUACAAGUGAGUACAUUCUGGUAUAUGGACAAAACUUUGGAGAAGAUCUUAAUUUCAAAUCUAUGGAAACUUAUCUGAAAACUUUAUAUCCUUGUGUCAAUGAUAUUUUUAUUUUGAGUAUAAUAAUAUGUAAUUGUGUAACACUGUUGGAAAUAAGUUUAGCACAAGGAACAUUUAUAAAGAGAUUGAUGAAAUUGAUCUGGUGUAUUGUAAAGUUUAACAUGUGUCUGUUAUUAAUAUGGAUAGCUUUACUGACACUUUUACAACUUCCCUUAAUGCAUAACAUAACAGUUCUUUGUUUAAAAUUACUAAGAUUAUGUCGACUAUCAACCUUUGGAACACAUUUCUACAAAGAUUAUUGUUUUUACUCCCGUCACUUUGUUUUUACUGAAAUAUUUUUUGGUUUAUAUCUUGUAACCGUUGGAUACAUACAAUACAAACGUAAAGGACCACUCGAAGAGGAAGAGGAUGUUGAAGCAGAUGAAUGGAACUUUACAGAAUUUAGAACCUUAGAACAUUUAUUUAGUCCCACAGCAGGUUUGUUCAGAACAGCUGGAAUCCCAGCAAUAGAUCCUGAAAGAGUUCAUAUGCGAGAUAUCCCCACCCUACGACAGAUAUGUAGUGUACCCGAUGAUUAUAUCACAAAAUUACCCAAAUGGCAAUUUAUAAUGGACAAAACAGUUGAAACUAUCGGGAACAUUGACAAUAUUUCUCAGCCUGAAGAAACAUGUAAAUGUAAUUCAGAUCUACCUGGCAAUGCAUUCAAUACAAAAUCAUGUGAAAAGUGUAGAAAAUUACAAAAUGAAUGUAAUGGACCAAAAUCAUCUCCAUCAGUAAAAAAGAAACAAUUACAUUUGGACAGACUGAAAAAUUCUGAUCCUACAACUACCGACCAAUCUGACACUGACCAAGAGAAGGAUGCUAUGGAGGAGGAACAUUUACACUUAGAAAACAGUCAGUGUGUAAUAUGUUUGGAUGAUUACACAAAAGGUGUGUGGCUGUGUGGAUUACCAUGUGGUCACAGUUUUCAUCAGACAUGUAUACACAUAUGGUUAACACGGGACAAUCAUUAUUGUCCAGUUUGUAGAUGGACAUCCUACACACCUAAGCCAUCCUACAUACACUUACAUUCAGAAUAGUCUGUUUGUGAUCUGUCUCUGGAUUGGAAACAUUGUAUUCAAGAAUUAUACAUGUAGUGGAUUCUGUUUUGUUUUUGAAUAUGUGUGGAUCCAUAUUUUUACCUACAUGUACAUGUAUUGGGUAUAUUUAAUAAACAUUUGAAAAGUAAAGAUGAGGGGAUAAAUUAAUUUCUGGUAAAAAGGAAUAAAUUUGUUUUUAAUCUUAAAAUUUUCUUCCUGAAAAGUAAGAAAAAGUAUCUUUAAGAAAAUAAGAAUAAAGAAAUGCUUUAAAAAAAAAACAUUUUGGAUUACCUCAUAAAUAUGAUAAAGGUAAAAUUACAAAUUGAAGAUAAAUAAUGCACAUGAAUGAUGCAUUUCAGUCUGAAACAAUUUAACAUGUAUAAUUCUUAUGAUUUGGAAAAUUAGGAAUUCUGUUCUAUGAUUGGAUACCAGUGGUAAUUAUUAUGGAAGGUUAUUUUAUUUUAUAGUCCAUGUUAACUGUACUACUGUUAAAAAUGUAGACAACAUCUUACACAAUUCAUGUUACAGAUACAAAAUAUUUACAAUUGAUGAUUGAAGAAUCAAAUCAUAAGAAUUUAUAUUGGUAUUCAGUUUUUACGUAUGGAUUUCAGUUCUAACAUUUUUUUCUUUCAAUGAUCAUUCAGUCGUUCUUUGUCAGUUUAGACCAAAGAAUCAUUUAGGAUAUUAGUCCAUACAUAGAUGUGUUACUUUAUUAAAGUUAAUAAUCAGGAAAUUUAUGUUAUGUACCAAAGUUCCGAUCUUAAUUGUUUCUUUUUCAUUAAUUUUUUUAUUUGUGUGACUUUAUUUUAACAAUAAUUGUAAUAAAUACCUUUAAAAAGGAGAAGUUCUGACUGAAAACAAAACUAAAAUGUUAACCCUUAUAAUGCAAGAUCUACAUGACAGAAAAUCUCUUGGCAUAGGACAACUCUCUACUUAUAUUUUAUACCUUUGAAUAUACACUAUAUAAUACAGUGCUGUUUUAUCUAUCUGAAGUUGUUAUAUUUUUUUUUGUUAUUUAGUUUAGUUUAUUUGAUUUGUUAUAUAGAAUAUAUAUAUGUUUUUCAUUAUUUGAAUCAUACUUCUACUAUAUAUACACACUCAUUAGUGGCUGAGCUAUAACUUAUUUAAUUGUUGUAGUAACAAUACAAUGCAAGUCUUCCACAUCUUUUUGCCAACAUUUAGAAAUUAUUAUAUUUUGUCAACAAUUAUCACAAUAGUUUUUAUACGACUGCAAAAAUUUUUGUGGUCGUAUAUUGGUAUGACGUUGGCGUCGUCGUCGUCCGAAGACACAUUGGUUUUCGAACUCUAACUUUUAAGUGAAUGGAUCUCUAUGAAAUUUAACAUAAGGUUCAAUACCACAAAAGGAAGGUUGGGAUUGAUUUUGGGGGUUAUGGUACCAACAGUUAAAGAAUUAGGGGCCAAAAAGGGGCCAAAAAUAAGCAUUUUUGUAACUUCCAGACAUGACUUGUGUGUUAGAAUGCUGGGAUUGAUUUUGGGGGUAAUUGCCUCCAAAUUUUAGGAAUAAGGGGCCAAAAAAGAGGCAAAAAAACAAGCAUUUUUGAUAGUUUCAUGACAAUAACUUGUGUGUAAGUGUAUGGAUCUUUAUGAAAUUGUACUACAAGGUUCCAUAUCACAAAGGGAAAGCUGGAAUUGAGUUUGGGGGUAAUUGCCCAAAACGUUUAGGAAUAAGGGGCCAAAAAGGGGCCAAAAAUAAGCAUUUUUCUAGUUUCCAGACAAUUUCUUGUGUUCAAGUUUAUGGAUCUCUCUGAAAUUGUACUGCAAGGUACCAUACCACAAAAGAAAGGCAGGGAUUGAGUUUGGGGUUAAUUGCCUCAAAAUGUUAGGAAUUAGGGGCCAAAAAGGGGCAAAAAAACAAGCAUUUUUCUAGUUUCAGGACAAUAACUUGUGUGUAAGUGUAUGGAUCUUAAUGAAAUUGUACUACAAGGUUUCAUAUCACAAAGGGAAAGCUGGGUUUGAGUUUGGGGGUAAUUUCCCUAAAUGUUUAGGAAUUUGGGGCCAAAAAGGGGCCAAAAAACAAGCAUUUUUCUAGUUUCCAGACAAUAACUUGUUUUCAAGUGUAUGGAUCUCUCUGAAAUUGUACUGCAAGGUACCAUACCACAAAAGGGAAGGCUGGGAUUGAGUUUAUAGGUGAUGAAUCAUAAGGGGGUUCAAAAAUUUUGGGGGGGGAUUUUUUUUUUCUUUUUUUUCUUUAAAAUUUUCCAUUUAAAAUUGGUUAUUUCUGAUUUAUAUACAAAAGCAAAUAAUAAUGAUUUGGUUUGAAAAGGUAAAUUAAAAUUUUUUAAGUUCUUAGACCACAUUCAUUCUGUGUCAGAAACCUAUGCUGUGUCAAAUAUUUAAUUACAAUCCAAAUUCAGUGCUGUAUCAAGCUUGAAUGUUGUGUCCAUACUUGCCCCAACUGUUCAGGGUUCGACCUCUGCGGUCAUAUCAAGCUGCGCCCAGCGGAGCAUUUUAUUUUCAUUCUAAUUUAGUUUUUUUUUAUUUUUGUUUCUAGAAAUUGAUACUUGUUUUUUGUGCUAUUUCAUAAGUUUGAAUAUUUUUAAAGCUGUUAAACUAAAUUUAACUUUGAAAUUCAGAGCACCAAAAGCUAAAAUUGGAUAGUUAUAAGGGCCUUGUUAGAUAUGAAUUUUCCAAUAAAAAAAAUGAACAUUAUCAUUCGCUGUGGCAAUCUUGCACUCUUUUAAAGUUAAAUUGGACAUAUUUGAUUAAAUGCAGAUAUUUUUCUACAUGUUCUCACUUUUCUUUUGGGGGGGGGUUGAUGUCAUUGACCACAUUGGACAUCAACUAUUGUUGUAUGACGUCAGAGGAGUGAAAAUAUACAGGAUUUAUUUCACGUGUGAAGUAUUGGGUUUUAUUUUACUGGGAUAUCACAGUAUUUCACUACAAUCUUAAUACUGAAAAUAAAAAGUACUAUAAUAAUAUCCUCAAACAAAAGAACAUUGGUUCCUUAUUUUCAGGUAAAAUGCAUGGCAUCUGUUCAAUCUGUUUUGAAUGAGAUGAAUAUGAUUUUAUGAAGGAAAAGUUAUUCAGAGUAGAUCAGCUUUUAGUUUUGCAAAUGAAAUGAAUCAAAAAUUUUAUAAAUUAUAAGUUAUAUCUUAAAAUAUUUGACAGUAUGAAACAUGUAGUUGUUAUAGAGAAUUGUAUAGUAUUUUUUAAAUGAAAAGUAACAACAAAUGAACAACAGUAUCCAAUUGAAAUAAAACAGAGUAGCACUAAUUGUUAUCUAUAUGAUAUAUUUGACGAAUAAAAUAUCACUAAUUGAU